GUACUUUCAACUCCUUACAUACUUCCAGACUUGCUACAGCAGCAAUUCACAACAUCCACAACUAGAAGUUCUUGAUCUGAAGUUCUCAAUCUAUUCAUUCCUUUAUCUGGGGUACACUUCUCAUAGGGGUUCUCAACGAAAUGCGGUGAAGAACUUUCACGUGCGACAUUUCUUGUAGGACAUUACGUGCCUGAUGAGCAGAGAUGAAUGGGCGGGAGAUACCAGGCUUCUAUUUUGAUCCUGAAAAGGGCAAAUACUUCAAAGUACAGAAUGCCAAAGACCACAAAUAUUCCCGUGGCAACGUUGCCAAACUGCAGCAGAGGCACAAGGAUGAAAAGGCCUCCGUGGAACGUAUUCAGAAGAGAAGGACGGAAACGGUAGUAGCUGCGCAUCAACAUAAGCUACUAUUCCAGCUAUCGCAGCGCGAAAUUGGAGACAGACGGAAGUCCUUCUACUCACAAGACCUGUGGGCAGCUGCAUCGGUAGCAGGAUACUCUCCUACGGAGCUUGAUGUCACAAGAUUUGUUUCCCAUUUCGACCGGAAUCCAGGUACCGGCGACAUCUUUGUGGCUUCCACCGAUGUCAAUGUGGAUAGAUCACGCCCAAUACGUGGCAAUCCAUAUGGCGAUUAUAUGAGGGACCAUGAACGUUUCAUCAGGAUGACAUCUGAGAUCUCCUCACUCAAUUAUAUUCGCGGCUCGGGAUCACUCGUCGUUACUACCUUCGGAUCUGACAGGCCUCCUGUCAUCUACUUCACGACUCCUGAGAUAGACGGCCCAUUCAUUGGAGAACAAUUCACACCUCGCAAUUGCAGCACUGUCUGGACAUCUUUGCCACGUCCUUUCAUGCCAACCUCAACUAAUACGAUAGCAUCAGCAGACACAGAAGCUGUGGCAGUAGGUGCUUCCAGAGCAUUACUGAUCUUUACUCGAACAUCGCAAGGUGGUACAUGGGACUGCGAGACAGCCCUCAAUACCGAGUCCGACGUCCUCGCACUAUCCUGGCUGUCGUCCACCACCGUUUGUCUAGGUGGACGAGAUGGCACGAUUCGACUCUACGAUACAAGAUCCAAGGGGACUUCGCACACCCUGCUCAGACAUCCAACGCCGAUAAACCAGAUUCGUCCAGCGGAUGAUUUCACAAGGAUAGUGGUAGCUGGUUUGCGCAAUACUUUAAUGACGUACGAUAUGCGAAUGACGAAGACCGAGCAAGUCAGUAAAACGCAAUGGCGGAAACGUGGGAACAAUCGAUUUCCAUUUCGCACGACGAACUCUUGCAUCACACAAUUUGAGUAUGCUAACGAGAAUACAACCUACUUGGGUCUCGACGUCAACCCACGGCUAGGACUCGUUGCUGCAGCUGAUGAAGACGCCCGGUUAAACAUAUACAGCUUGUACACGGGGAAAAUGAUCAAACAGUUCUCGAGCGACUUUACCGGGCCGAAGAAGAGAAUGCAGUGCGUUCGGUUCACCGAGGAUGCAAAUGGAGAUAUCAGCCUCUUAUCGAAUUGGAAUGCAGGUGUGGCAAGGUUCGAUUGGAACAGCUUAUCCUAAGGAUGUCCCUGUAGGGCUGGGCUGGUUAAGAACUUAACUGUAAAAGAGUUCAACGUCGACUAAAGGGGGUCUGGAUGUUCCUUGUCGAUAGAAAAGCGUAAGUGUAUCCGAAAUAGGCAAUUAAGUCCUACAAC